UCUUGCGCUUAUCGUCGUCGCGACGAUCUGCCCGAGCUCGAUCGCCGCGUGGCCGCACGCUCGCGGUCCUUUCUCCAUCGACAGGUGCGUUCAGUGACGAUGAUGCCGCGUUUAGUGUGUUUCUUCUAGCCGGGGGCCGAACCGCGCGACCUCGAACUCACCGCUCCGCAUCCGUAAAACACGCUCGAGAAUUCUACGCGCAAAUCAUUGCGUUUCGUAGAAUGGAAACGUCCCGUGGUUCAUGCGUCGCGAUCUAGAUCGCGCGUCAGUGACCUCAAGAAACUUUGGGGAGGGAGACAGCAGCGAUCGCGUACGAAUCGAUCGAUCGAUCGAUCGAUCGAUCGGCGACCGGUCUCGUCGGAUGCCUGAGCCAGCUGUGACGGUGUAACUGGCUCCGUGGCGUGUAAACACUUCGUUAACGGGGGGAAAAAAGUGUCGUAGGGUGCUAACGAGACGGUAGCCAGACGCGCGACGCGGCUCUCGUCGACUGCCGUUUACGCGUCACCGGGUUUCCCCUGGAGCCCGAGCGGGAGAAGUGGUGUCGCCGAGUUUGUGCUCCCUUUUCGAACGUAGAGAGGAGAAAAGGGAGGUGGAGGGAGCUCGACACCGGGUCAGAGAUUCGUUACCGAGUCCGCGUCGCGGGCUGUCUCGAAAGAAGCACCCAUACCGGGAGCAACGCCGGGUGAACAGUGAUAGACGGGCGCGCGGUAGCAAGGGCUAGGUCGGUGGGGAAGAGAAGAAAGAAAGGAAGAAAGAAGAGGUGGACGAGCCACACAGCAGAGGAACUCUCGAAGCUGCGCCUCCGGCCAGAUACGACCGCUUCUAUAGAUCUAUAUGCAUAGUAAAGUCGCGGCAAUAGAGGAGAGCCCGGCCACGACGACGUGUAUCUGGGUCAUACACCCGUCCUCUAGCUGUUACCGCCGUCGCUGCUCGUUUUCCAUAAUUUCGCGAGGUUCGCCGGCCGCGGCGCAAAGCGGGCUGCAGCCGUACCGCGGACCGUGGGACCGGAAGCUGCCGGCCCGGAAUUAAAACGGAAGCAAAUAACGCGAACACGCCACGAGUACGAGAGAAAGAGAGAGAGAGAGAGAGAGAGAGAGAGAGAGAGAGCGAGGUCCAGCCGCGGAAACGACAAGCAGCAAGAACGGAGUCGAUAGCAGUCUCCCUGCGGCGUUGUUCGACACCGGACCGCGGAAAAACGAAAGCCCUUCCGGUGGCGCGUUAAGCGGAACAUGCAAUUAAACCGGCGCCCUUUUUGCCUGUUCCGAUGAAUAGCGUCGCGGGUGCAACACCGAGCCCGUGAGGCUCGCGAGCCUCGUCGACAGGACACGGUAAACUCGUGCGCGCGGAACACUUCGAGGCUCGUUGUCGCGUUUUCGCGGGCAGUGCGUUUUCUUUUGUGUCGGCGAUCGGGAAUUUAGGAGCUCGGUGCACGCGAGAGCUCAGUUUUGCGAUUUCUUUGUCGGCGCGGUUCUCCGGUCAAACGAGUCCGCAACAAGCGCGCCCCGCUCGCCGCUAUCAAACAGCUCGCUAAAUUGUUUGCGUAGGUCGGUGACGCGGUGUCGGGUCCGGCAACCAGAUACCGGCCACCGUAACGAGCUGUUACAUCGUUUCACAGGGCACAGAGCCGGCCCUGGGAAAAAAGGGGGAACAGAGAGGGGGCGAGAGAGAGAGAGAGAGAGAGAGAGAGAGCGUUGCCUCCCGCGGGGACAAUCCCAGCCAAACAAGCACCACGCGAGAACUAUUAUCUGCGGCGAAGCAAUCAGCUCUCGCCGUGAGACCUGGUUUUCUCUUCGAAACGGACACACCGGACAACGCCGGGUCCGAGGUAAAUAAUGAACCGCUGCAGUCAUUUGUCAAGCUCGCCGCGAGGCCAACGAGUGCUCAAAGUAGCCUGUCCCAAGUAGAUGGAAGAGUGCAACCGACUGUCAUCGGUCUGUCAUAAUAUCCGGGCACGGGCGAUCCGGUCGUCUUUCGUUCGCGAAACGCGCGGUGUUUCCGUGGUGGUGGUGGUGGCCAUUAAACCGUUCCGCGAUCGUCCGUAGUUCUCGUCGCGUAGAACCUCGAGCCGGAGAAUCUCGAUAUAAGUGCUCUCGAUCGGAAUAAACGGGAUCGUUGCGACGUUUCGGCCGUUCCGGCGAAAAAAACCGUCGAUGUCGUCGGCAUCGCGGUCAUUGAGAUGCGAUCAGCGAUCGAGCCGUGGAACGGUCAGCCACAGCGAGCAGCCGGUUGUUCGGGCGGGAUUUAUCAGCGCGGCAGAUAGCGGCGUAUGAAAGCGUACUUGGCUCCAUGAGAGUGAUUAUACCAGACAAUCGCGGCAGAACGUUUAUCCCUUUUGUGCGGCCGUACGGUGUUCUGGUACGGCGGUAGUUAGCGAGUCAUGAGACGACGCAACAACGGUUGUUGCUGCCAGACGAGCAGCAGGAGGGCCGGUCGCAGCGGAUGCAACGACGCGGAGGGAAACGAACCGCCUGGAUGGUGCAUUUACGCGACCGUUGCUCUGGUCGCCGUUGGCUGCUACCUGAACGCGUUAGGCGGCGAUUUCGUGCACGACGAUAUACCGGCGGUGGUGAGGAACAAGGACGUCCUGGCCCAGACACCCUGGACCAGCGUGCUGAAGGACGAUUUCUGGGGCACGCCUAUGCACGACAUCAACAGCCACAAGAGCUACAGGCCGCUGACUACGUUGACGUUUCGACUGAACUACCUGAUGUCAGGAUUAACACCCAGCUGGUAUCACGCGACGAAUAUUGCCUUGCACGCCAUUGCAUGCGUUUUGGUCACAAGAGUGAGCCUAGUUGUGGCAGCGCUCCGUCCAGGAUUUGCAGCUCUGACAGGGUUGCUGUUUGCUGCUCAUCCUGUGCACACUGAAGCGGUGACUGGCAUCGUGGGUCGAGCGGACGUAUUGGCCUGCAUUUUCUUUCUGUUGUCGUUUCUUGCUUAUCACGGGCAACAGACGGCUUACGUGUGGAGCAGCGUAUGCCUCGGGGCGCUGUCGAUGUUAGCCAAGGAAACCGGCAUUACUGUUUUGCCUCUAAACCUUCUUUACGACCUCUGUCGCUCCUGGCAUUCAAUCAAGAGAUCUAUUUUCGAAGCCAGAUGGAACGACGACUCCAGACACUUUUCCCGGCGUGCCGCGGCUCUAUUAGUCUCGUUCGGUGUGCUGUUGGUCGUGCGACUCGCCCUCCUUCAUGGCGCUUUGCCGAAGUUCUCGCCGCAGGAUAAUCCGGCAGCUUUUCAUCCCUGUUUCCACGUCAGGUUAUUGACAUUUUGUUAUCUGGCCGCGCUGAAUUGCUGGCUGCUGCUCUGCCCGGCGACGCUAUCCCACGACUGGCAAAUGGGAUCGGUUCCUUUGGUGGCUUCGUUGGCUGACACCAGGAACAUGGCCACCUGCCUGUUUUUCGGCGGCUGCCUCAUACUCACGUACAAAGCCUUCACGGAUUUCGAGCAACAGAGGCACCCGCCUCUUCUUCUUGGUUGGAUGUUCCUGGUACUGCCGUUCCUGCCCGCAUCCAAUCUUUUUAUAACUGUCGGAUUCGUCGUCGCGGAGCGAGUGCUAUACAUGCCCAGCGUUGGAUGGAUCCUUCUCGUUGUUUACGGGAUGCAAAUCACCUGGACGGCCGUUCCACGCAGAAGAAGUCUGAUAACAGCUGGAAUAGCGCUUCUUCUGAUCUUAGGAUGCUACAAAACGGUCCUUCGGAACAGAGAUUGGACAUCCAGGGAGACUUUGCUCAGAGCGGGCAUGCGGUCUCUACCCCACAACGCCAAGAUGCAUUACAACUUCGCCAACUUCCUCAGAGAUAUGUCGCAGCCGAACCAUGCGAUUCUGCAUUACCAGCUGGCCCUUUGGCUAUGGCCAACGUACGCCAGUGCGCAUAACAACCUAGGCACACUCACAGUGGGUGACCAAGCGGAGCAACACUUUUUGGCAGCGAUAGACGCCCAACCAGGACACGUGAACGCUCAUUAUAAUCUCGGCCAACUUUACAGGAAGACCAACAGAACGGAGGAAUGCAUACGAAUGCUACAAAAGUGUGUGUCCUUGGAUCCCGCAUACACGCCGGCGUAUUUAGUGCUGGCGAGAUUGGCGACCGGUCCAGCGGCUGGCGUCCUCCUCAGACACGUUGUGCGACUGCAGCCUCAAAGCCCGGACCAUCUCGCGGAAUAUGCUUCCUGGUUGUACCAAAACGGCAAAUGGUUACCCUCUCUGAAGUACUAUCUAAAAGCCAUGGAAGUGUCGCCGUCGCACAGAUCCUCGCUUCUGGGAACGGUCAGGAUACUGAGGUCGCGGGGACAGUGGCCAAGGGUGCAUCAACUCAUUACCAGAUGGCACCUGAUGCUGCGAGCGAAACGGGGCGGACUCGUAUAUCGCGGCGAUCUUUACAUACGCGCGUGGCAGCUGCAGAGCGAGUCGCGUCGUCAAGCGCAUCGGCAUCAAGUCAACCUUUGCUUGUCGGUGAGUAACUCUAUUUUCAGGUAAAGGUCAAUUUAUAUACGGUAGACUCCCGUG